AUGGCAGGAGAAGUUAAUUGGAAAAAUCCCGGCCCCAACCCUUUCGUUACCUCCAAUCUCACCCUCAGGAGCUUUGAGAAAUUUAUUGGACCGGACUGUACCACCGACUGCUCCAUAGCAGCUACCGAGUUUCUGGGUUAUUUGCGGGGCACUCAAGACAUUCUGAAUCAGACAAACGGUGAGAGGUGGAAGGAAGACUGGGACAUACCCAUCUAUCAGCUUGACAACUUUAUUUGGUAUUGUACCGAACAGAAUUUCACCAACUACACACUGGGCCAGGCCGCCGACUGGUUCGCCAACAACGCGAAUAAACGCUCCCGUCUAAAUCAUCUUGUCAACCAUACCCUCAAUGCGUGCCCCACGGAGUUCUGCAAGUCGCUGAUAUGGGAAGGUAAUCCGGAUGUUUCUGGCAUUGGGAUAAACGUUGCGUUCGUGGUUCAAGCCGUUCUUGCCAGUCUGUUCCUGCUCUUCUACAUCGGCUUCUACAUCACAGAUGUAGUGCAUUUGAACUCAGAACAAGCCCACCCCGAGCAAGGCAACCGCAACCCCGCGGACCCUCAACAUGAUACCCCUCAGCAACAUAAACAAACCACCGCCCAGAAACCAACCAAGCUAAUAGACCCCAACGCCCUCCGCGAAACAGCCGAUGACUGCCUCGAAGUCUUCUGGUCCACCUGCUACGUCUUCGCCUUCACCUUCAUUAUAGCCGCGCUCAUCUUCAACGUCGACGACACCAAUCGCUCGGCCGGCCGGAUCUACUCCGGCUACUUCGGCUACCUGGGCGCCGUCCAUUCCAUUGCCGUCCUGAUUUGUCUCUGGCCGUGGUUCCCCGGACGGCACAAGUACCCGGCGCUGACCUUCUCCGGCCUUCUCGUGCUCCUCUGCAUGAUGGCCGCCGUCAGCAUCACCUUCUUCAACGAGGCCAAGCUGACCGCCAAAAAAACCACGUUCGAAGCCAGGUGCCUGGAAGCGGGGCAGUCGACCCACUAUGUCCAGCAUCUGGUCAAGUACACUCCCUACGCCGUCUUUGCGCUGAUCCUUUUCUGGGGCGGCUCGUUGCUGGUCAUCCGGAUCCGGACCCCCAAGAUGACGGAUCAGGGGAAGCAUACGGUCCUGACGCUGUAUCUGGUUUUGACGGGGAUCUUCGGCGGGUUCCUGGUCCUCACUAGCCUGAUUCUUGUCUGGCUUUCUCUGGGGUUCUUCAUGUACCUCCGCCAGAAAGUGGCGGAACUCUCGGGGCCGUCGUACAAGGAGAAUGAAUGGGGCUUUGGUCAGGUCGUGGCUGUUGUUGCGUGGGUGCCGCUCUUGGGGCAGUUUUCUGCAAUAGUCAUUUGUGGACUCGCCAAGCUGUUCCUUGUCGACGGGGCUAAGGAGCUGUUCAAGCCCGUGCCGAAAGAUCAGAGAGGAACAGCACGAGUGCUGGCUCAAGCCCUCCGCAACAAAAGACAUCACCAUAAACAUCAGCAUAAAAGCACGCCGGCAGAAGCGGUACCUCUGUCGUCUAUCCAGAGCACCACCCAUGACGAAGAAGCUGUUGGGACGACAUCGGCUGGGACUGGGAGUCAUGCAGAAUGA